CGCGCCGGGCCCUGCCGAGCUGGCAGCACUGCACGCCCCGCCCCGCUGCCUCUCUCGGUUCCGGCGCUGGCGGCGGGAAUGGCGGCGCUGAGCCUCACCGUGGACGCGAGCACACCCCCGCUCGGAGCUCUGCUGACAGUGGAGCAUGUGAAGAAUGAUGUUGAAAUUUCAGUGCAAGAAGGCAAAGAAACUAUCCUCUCUGUGUCCGAGCAAGUUUCAUUUACUGAUGUGAAUUCAAUAGCCCGGUACCUGGCUAGAGUUGCUGCCUCUGCUGGGUUGUAUGGCUCGAAUCUGUUGGAACACACUGAGAUUGACCACUGGCUGGAGUUCAGUGCUACACAGUUAUCUACUGCCAGCCAAUUCCCUUCAGCCAUCCAAGAACUCAACCACUGUCUGUCUCUACGGACCUACUUGGUGGGAAACUCUCUGAGUCUUGCAGAUUUGUGUGUCUGGGCUGUACUAAAAGAUAAUAGUACAUGGCAGGAGCAGUUAGAACAAAACAAGGCUCCUGUGCAUGCAAAGCGGUGGUACAGCUUCCUUGAGGUACAACAUGCUUUCCAGUCAGUAGGAGCCAAGUGGGCUGCUGGUACACCAAAGGUUAAAAUGGCAACAGAAAAAGAAAAGAAAGCAGAUGUUGGGAAGUUUGUUGAACUUCCUGGUGCAGAGAUGGGAAAGGUCAUUGUGAGGUUUCCUCCUGAAGCAAGUGGAUAUCUCCAUAUUGGUCAUGCCAAAGCUGCCCUGCUAAAUCAGCACUACCAACUUAACUUCAAAGGAAAGCUUAUUAUGAGAUUUGAUGACACAAAUCCAGAAAAAGAGAAAGAAGACUUUGAAAAGGUUAUUCUUGAAGACGUUGCCAUGCUGCACAUCAAACCAGAUCAAUUUACAUAUACCUCAGAUCACUUUGAAACAAUAAUGAAAUACGCUGAGAAACUUAUUCAGGAAGGGAAGGCUUAUGUGGAUGAUACUCCUGCAGAACAAAUGAAAGCAGAACGUGAGCAAAGAGUGGAAUCUAAACACAGAAAUAACUGUGUUAAUAAGAAUCUACAAAUGUGGGAAGAAAUGAAAAAGGGAACAGAAUAUGGACAAACUUGUUGUCUACGAGCAAAAAUAGAUAUGAGUAGUAAUAAUGGAUGUAUGAGGGAUCCAACUCUUUAUCGUUGUAAAAACCAGCCUCACCCUCGGACAGGAAGUACCUACAAGGUUUAUCCCACAUAUGACUUUGCCUGCCCCAUUGUUGAUAGUAUUGAAGGUGUCACACAUGCACUGAGAACAACGGAAUACCAUGACAGAGAUGAACAAUUCUACUGGAUUAUUGAGGCUCUGGGUAUAAGGAAACCAUAUAUAUGGGAGUAUAGCAGGCUAAACCUCAACAACACUGUGCUCUCCAAGAGAAAGCUCACGUGGUUUGUCAACGAAGGCCUUGUGGAUGGAUGGGAUGACCCAAGAUUUCCCACUGUGCGUGGUGUCCUGAGAAGAGGCAUGACAGUUGAAGGACUAAAACAGUUUAUUGCUGCUCAGGGCUCCUCUCGAUCUGUUGUGAAUAUGGAGUGGGAUAAAAUCUGGUCCUUUAACAAAAAGGUCAUAGACCCAAUAGCACCUCGGUACACUGCUUUACUGAAAGAUGCAGUGGUCCCAGUAAAUAUUCCGGAAGCUCAAGAGGAGAUGAAAGAAGUGGCUAAACACCCAAAGAAUGCUGACGUUGGGUUGAAGCCUGUGUGGUACAGCUCCAGAGUCCUCAUCGAGGGCGCAGAUGCAGAGACCCUGGUGGAGGGAGAGGUGGUUACGUUCAUAAAUUGGGGCAAUAUCAUCAUCACCAAAUUAAACAGAAAUUCAAGUGGAAAAAUUGUGUCCAUCAAUGCCAAGUUGAACUUAGAUAAUAAGGACUUCAAAAAAACUACUAAGAUCACUUGGUUGGCAGAAACUCCACAUGCACCCCUCAUCCCAUCUGUCUGUGUUAAUUAUGAGCAUCUGAUCACUAAGCCAGUUCUAGGUAAAGAUGAAGACUUCAAGCAAUAUAUCAACCGAAAUAGCAAGCAAGAAGAACUGAUGCUGGGUGAUCCGUGCCUUAAGGAGUUAAAAAAAGGAGACAUCAUACAACUUCAGAGGAGAGGAUUCUUUAUUUGUGAUCAGCCCUAUGAGCCAGUGAGUCCGUACAGCUGUAAAGAUGCCCCAUGCAUUUUGAUUUACAUCCCUGAUGGACACACUAAAGAAAUGCCAACAUCUGGGUCAAAAGAGAAGACCAAAGCUGAAACUGCAAAGAAAGAGGCUCGUUCAACUGUAAAAGGAAAAUCUGCUCCAGUUGUUGGUCAUGCCUCUACUCCAUCCUGUGCUGAAACAUCUGAAGGUCACUUGAUCAUCUACAGCAAGGUGGCUGCACAGGGCGAUGUAGUUCGUGACUUGAAGGCUAGGAAGGCAGCAAAGGAAGAUAUUGAUAAAGCUGUGAAACAACUGCUGGCCUUAAAAGCAGAAUACAAAGAGAAGACAGGCCAGGAGUAUAAGCCAGGAAAUCCUCCAGUAUCUGGAAGGGCACAGUCAUCAAAGCUUGAGACCGCUGGUACCUUGGACAGUAAAGCUCUGUAUGAUAAAGUAGCAGAACAAGGAGAAGUGGUCCGAAAACUGAAAGCUGAGAAAGCAUCUAAGGAUCAAAUAGAUGAAGCAGUAAAACUCCUCCUUUCUCUAAAAGCUGAAUACAAGGAAAAGAAUGGGCAGGAGUACAAGCCAGGACACCCACCAACAGCUCAGGGGGCUUUGCCUCAGACAUCAAACACAGUAUCCAGCGGUCCAGAUACUCCUGAAGCUAAAGCCCUGUUUAGCAAAGUAGCUCUUCAAGGAGAUGAAGUUAGGAAAUUAAAAGCAGAAAAAGCAGAUAAGGAAAAAAUAGACGUGGCUGUUAAAGAACUUCUUCAGUUGAAGGCCCAGUAUAAGUCUGUUGCAGGAGUUGACUAUAAACCAGUGUCUGCUAGUGGUGUAGAUGACAAAGACAAAAAGAAGAAAGAGAAGGAGAACAAGUCUGAAAAGCAGAGUAAGCAACAGAAGCAAAAUGAUGGCCCCAAAAAAGAACCUUUGCAAGGACAGAGUGGUAAUGAGCGCUCCUCAAAUGGAUCAGGAGAGGGCCAAGGCCCUAAGAAGCAAACCAGGCUGGGUCUAGAAGCUAAAAAAGAAGAAAAUCUUUCAGAGUGGUUCUCUCAGGUGAUCACAAAAUCAGAGAUGAUUGAAUACUAUGAUGUGAGUGGCUGUUACAUUCUUCGUCCUUGGGCUCAUGCUAUUUGGGAAGCCAUCAAAGACUUCUUUGAUGCAGAGAUCAAGAAACUUGGAGUGGAAAACUGCUACUUCCCCAUGUUUGUGUCCCAGGCUGCCCUAGAGACAGAGAAGUCUCAUAUUGCUGACUUUGCUCCUGAGGUUGCUUGGGUCACAAGAUCUGGGAAAACAGAACUGGCUGAACCAAUUGCUAUACGUCCCACAAGUGAAACAGUAAUGUAUCCUUCCUAUGCAAAGUGGGUGCAGUCACACAGGGAUCUUCCUAUCAAGCUUAAUCAGUGGUGCAGUGUUGUGCGCUGGGAGUUCAAACACCCCCAGCCUUUCCUUCGGACUCGUGAGUUCCUUUGGCAGGAGGGUCACACAGCAUUUGCAACAUACGAAGAAGCAGCAGAGGAGGUGCUGCAGAUACUUGAUCUCUAUGCUCGGGUGUAUGAGGAUCUCUUGGCAAUACCUGUUGUGAAAGGAAGAAAGACAGAGAAGGAGAAGUUUGCUGGGGGGGAUUAUACAACCACUUUAGAGGCGUUUAUAUCUGCCAGUGGAAGAGCUAUCCAGGGAGCAACAUCACAUCAUUUAGGGCAGAAUUUCUCAAAGAUGUUUGAAAUUGUGUUUGAAGAUCCCAAGAAGCCAGGAGAAAAACAGUUUGCUUAUCAGAAUUCCUGGGGCAUUACAACUCGGACCAUUGGUGUAAUGACAAUGAUUCAUGGAGAUAACAUGGGAUUGGUACUCCCACCUCGUGUAGCCUGUAUUCAGGUUGUAAUUAUUCCCUGUGGUAUCACAAACUCCCUUUCUGAAGAGGACAGAGAAGCUCUGUUGAAGAAAUGUAAUGAAUAUCGUAGCAGGCUGCUUGCUGUCAACAUCCGUGUCCGGGCUGAUUUAAGAGACAACUACUCACCUGGCUGGAAGUUCAACCACUGGGAACUCAAGGGUGUCCCAGUCAGAGUUGAAGUGGGACCACGAGACAUGAAGAGCCAACAGUUUGUAGCUGUUAGAAGAGACACAGGGCAGAAGCUGACAUUGUCUGAACAUGAAGCAGAAGAGAAACUUAAGCAGAUCUUGGAGGAGAUCCAUGCAAACCUUUACAGCAGAGCAUCCGAGGACCUAAAAAGUCAUAUGGUGGUGGCCAGUAAUAUGGAGGACUUUCAAAAAGAGCUUGAUUCAGGAAAGAUUGUACAAAUCCCUUUCUGUGGGGAAAUUGAGUGUGAGGACUGGAUCAAGAAGACCACUGCCAGGGAUCAAGAUCUUGAGCCUGGUGCUCCAUCCAUGGGAGCAAAAAGCCUCUGCAUACCUUUCCAGCCACUCCGUGAACUCCAGCCUGGAACAAGAUGUGUGUGCAGCAAAAACCCUGCCAAGUUCUACACCCUCUUUGGUCGUAGUUACUAAAUCACUAGUGAAAGAACCUUCUCCUUUAUCUGUGAAUUGAACUUUUUUUAAUAAGACUGAAAUAGCCCCUUAAUCUUCAAUCGGUUUUGUGACCUUUUUAAAUAAUUCAAAGACAAAGCCAUAAACCAUAACCUGGCUCCCCAGUGGUCAGUCUUAGGCUAGCAGUAAUUCACAGACUUUUCUGUAAACAUCUCCAAUAAAAUAAAGAUGUAUUGUGAGCUGCAA